AUGGAUGCCGACGAAGUUGUGUGUGUUCAUAUGAGCUUGAAAUUUUUAAUCUUUAAAAAUAUCGAAAAAAAUGAAGAUAAUUAUUUAUGUAAUGAUUUUAUAAUAAAGCUAGCUGAUGUUGAAGAUAUUGAGUCUAGUAAUAUUUCAAAGGGAUAUUUUAUAAAAAAGUUUCAUGAAUUUUUACGAGAGAAAAAAAAAAAUGAAUAUGAAUGUGUUAUAAAUGGAACAAUAACAGAAGUUGCAAAUUUUUUUUUUCAAAAUAUCGAGCUAUUUAUUAAAAUAAAAAAAAUACAAUAUGAAUUAGAGGAUACAAAUUGUGAUCCAAAUAAAUAUGAUAAAAAUAGAGAAGGUGUAAAUACGGAUUACACAUUUGCUAAUAAAGAUCUUGGAAUAAAUAAAAAUAUAAUAAAUUUAAUAAAAAGUAUAGACAUACAAAAUGAUUUAAAUUUUGAAAAUAAUGAUAAUAUAUAUUUUAAGUGUUUAUUUAAAGAUUUAAUAAAUAAUUUUGAAUUUAUUGAAAAUAAGCAAUAUGAAAAUAUAAGUAAUUUUUAUAUAUCAAACAAUUUAAUUUUUUCUAUAAAUUUAAAAUUUGAAGAAUAUUCAAUAAAUAAAAAUUAUAUAGAAUCUACAAAAAAAACAAAUUGGCUAGAUAAUUCAUAUUUGGCUAGAUAUCCAAAUAAUGAAAAUGGAAAAAAUAUUCGUAAUAUAAAUAAUAAUAUAUAUGCAGAAAAGACAGAAAAUAAAAUUAAUCAUAUAUUAAAUAUAUUUAAUUUUAAGAACAUUUUUUUUUUAUAUAUUAAUUUUGAUCAAUAUAAAAAAGAAUUUUUUAUAGACAACCAUGUUGAAGUAAGUGUAGGAAAUAUUGUACAUACCAUAACACCAAACUCAUGUAUAAAUGAAGAAGAAGAAGUAAAUAGCCAAAUAGGUAAUGACAAUGAUAUGGGCCAUAUAAAAAAUAAUAACGAGCAAAUUAAUGAUCAUGUGCAUAAUAAAAAUAGUGUUGGAUGUCAUUUUUCUUUAAUUUUUAUUGAUAAAAUAAAAGAAAUAAAUGAUUAUUUUUUAAUUAAUGAUAUAUAUAUUUAUGUUAAUAAAAUGCAAUUGGAGGUAGACAAAAGAGGAUUACUUCAAAAUGAUAGUAAAGAGGCAUGGGAAAUUUAUUCGGAUUUUAGACAAAUUUCUUAUGAUUUAGUUACUUCCUCUAAUUCUAUGCCUAAUCUAAAAUUCAAAGCAACAAUUAUUUCUUUCCCUCUCCAUUCAAAUUAUAACAAUAUUAAAUCGGACAGUGAUCAUAACUAUAAUUUUACAAAUGUACAACAUGAUAUGGCUACUUCAGAUAGUCAAGAUAUCAUGUCAUAUAAUAAGAUACACCAAAUUGAUGAAGACAAUAAUCAAAUUUAUUCCUUUGGUAGAGGGCAUAAAAAUGGAGGUAAAUAUUUUGAUAUAAAUAACCGAACAAAUAAUAUAACAGGGAAUUUAAGAUUACCUAUAAUCCUUGAUAAAAAUGAUAAUAAAAUUAUUUGUAAUGUUUUUUUAUCUGCUAUAAAUUGUCAUAUCCUUGAACUUAGUAACAUAUAUGCAGAAAAAAAUAAAAAUAAACAAAAUAAUUUUUUUAUAAAAAUGGAGUCUAACAUAAUGGGAACCAGUUUUAUAUCCCCUUUAUAUACUUUCGAAGAAAACAAAAAGAUUGAGUUAAAAAACUGCCACCUGGAUUGUGACGUCGAAUUGAAAGAAAGUGAACUAUUGUCAUAUUUUGAAAAUAAAAAAAUAUUGUUCGAAUUAUCAAUUAAAGAACAUGAUAAUAAUAUAAACAUAGGAAAAGGUGAGUUUAAUAUAAAAAAUAUUAUUAAAGAAUUAAAGGAAACAUUAGAAAAUGAAAAUAGUAAAGGCUAUUAUAAACAGAAAUUGACCAUAUCUCUAUAUUUAAGUGUAUUUAAAGAAAAAUAUUUAACCUCUGAAAUAAAUGCAGAAAUAUAUUUUAGCAUAAAAGAGAAGAAAGACAAAAUGGUAGAGAAAAAACCAAAUGUGAUGGAAAACAGAUUGGAUGUGUAUGAACAUUUAGAUCAUAAUCCUGUACUUAAUGAAUUGAAUGUUGAGACAGGUAACAUACCAUCUAAUAUAUAUGAGUUUAAAUUAUGGAAAGAAAAGGAAGAAAAAUUAAUGAAAGAAAUACUUAAAAAAAAAGAAGAGCAUUUAAUAAAAAAAUUUACAAAAAAAUAUGAGCAAAUGGAAAAAGAACGAAAAAAUGAAUUAGAAAUAAAAAAAAAUAAAGUUAAAGAAAUUAUAAUAAAAAUGAAAGAAGAGGAAAUAAAUAUAUUAAAUAGUAGAAAUGAAUUAAAAAUAAAAGAUCAAGAAUUAAAUAGUGAAAUAUUAAAUAUAGAAAAUAAAUUAAAACAAAUCAAAAUUGCUUAUGAAAAAUCUCUAAAUAAUUUUAAAAAAAGUGUAAGACAUAAUAACUUAAGUAGUAGCAUAUUAGAAGAAAAUAAUGCAUUGAAAACAAAUUAUAAAAAAUUAAAAAAUGAUAUAAAAAAUUUGAAAAAAGAAAAUGAACAAAUGAAAGAAAUACUAAACCAAUAUAAUAACAAAGACAAUACAAUUAUAAGUAAUAAAUAUUUUCAAGAAUUAAAAGAGGCAAAGAAUGAAAACAAAAUAGAUGAUGGAAAAAAUCAGCAUAUUAGCCAAAUUGAAAAUUAUAUAAAAAAUGUUAAGAAAAAUAGAAAAGAUAUGUUAAAAUUGUUAUCAAAUUUUGUUUUAAAUUUUGAAUAUAUAUAUGAUCAAACACAUAAUGAAAAACUCGAAGAUAAUUUCCGUUCUCUCUUAAAAAUUAUUAAUCAAUUAAAAACUAUUAUUAAUAAAGAAAUAAAAAGUGAUCAAAUUUUGUUGAGCGAUUUUGAAAAUACAAUUGAAAACGAAAGUGAUUUUUAUUUGAAAAAAAAUGUAGAACAAGAUAAAACCAAACAGAUUGAAAAUGAUGGAAACAAAUUUGGAAAAGAUAAAGAUGUAAUAAAUAGAUAUUAUAAUAAGACAAAUUAUUUUACAGAAUUAAAAAAAAAAGAAACAUUUUAUGAUUCAAAUGAUGAAGAAAAUCAAAACAGUAACUACAAAUUUACAAAACUUAUACCAAAAGGAGAGAAAAAAAAUAACAAUGAAAUAAAACCAAAUGGUGUGGAAGAUUCUAAUCCAAUUGUAAACAUUAAUAAAGCAAAAAUUGUUGAAAAUCUAAAAAGCGAAAUAGACCGAUUAAUACAAAAUGGUAUAUAUAAUGAAAAUGAUCAAAUAAUUAUUAAUAUGAAAAAAAAAUUGAAUUCUCUCAUUUUAAAUACAUAA